AUGGCAGUGGUGAAAAGCCUGCGCAACUCCUUGGUUUCCAUGAGAAGUGACCCAGAUUAUUUUCAGUCCAUUUUCUAUGACUGUGAAAAAAAGUGUACUGAAAAUAACAUCGCCAUUCCCCCAGUUAGGAAGAGAAAACCUUUUGUCCUUCUUGAUGAAGCAGCACAGUCUCAGUAUCACUAUGAAACAAAAGAGGAGCAGGAGAGGAUAACUUCAUUUUACCCACUAUUGGAUUCAUUGAUAACUGGUACUGACCAGCGAUUUGAACAGGAGUCGUGUGAUAUUGUAACUGCAGUAGGAAAACUGCUAAACUUGGAGAUUCCUAAAUGUGACCUAGAAAUCCUUGCCAACAAAUUUAAGGUGUCAGUGGAUGAAUUGGAAGCAGAAGGCAAACUGCUAAGGGAGUAUGAUGGACCUACUCCUAAAGGUUGA